AUGUGGGUGCUGCACCGCAAUGGUUACCGUGAAAUUUUCUACGGCGGCACCGGUUCUGUGGAGAUCACGUUGUUAGCUAGCAGAGGAUCCGGUGUUUGUCAAGGGUGGUUUGGUUUGGAGCCGGAGUGGGAUCAAGAAGGCGCCAGCGAUGUAGCCAACGACCUGUUCGAGGCAAGCUGGAUAAUGAGACACGAGCCGUCCGAUAGGGAUCGCAGCUUGCACCUGGAGCUUUUUUACAAUUAUUACAUAUUACAAGUGCGACUAAGCACUAGCGGCAAGGCAGGUUUCUGGUCAAGCAUCCAGGUACUAGGUAGGUUCGCACAACAGCGCCGUCUGCGAGUUCGUGCUGUCCGCCGCCGCCGCCAUCGCCGACGCCCUGCUGACGAUUGGGGGGCGAGCAUCGUGAUCAUCCAGCACGGCGUAUACUGUACGAAGAGAGAGGGGACCUCGAACAGAGCUGGCGGCGGAGCCGAAAACUCUAUGCCAUGGACUCUAUAGCAAUGCCUGAUG